AUUCGCACUUUUUCCCUACCGGUGUCGGUACAGUUUACACCUGUGACCUUGCUAUAACGUGUUUCAGGUAAAGACCAUGGGAAGAGUAGAGUGAAAGAUCAUUUAUAUUCUUUGCUGUAGCCAUGUAUCGCUGUAGGAGUCUUCUUUUGCUGUUGCGGGAGACAAGGACAGUGUUAACCACACCCACGCAGGUUGCAAGAUGUGGAUUUUUGAACUGUCACCAAUUUUCACAGAGGCAUUACACAGACUCUGUCAGUGUGGCUAACCUUAAAAAUGACGUAGAAAAACAAGAUAAUGGUUCCAGUGAACAAGGAUCAGAAACAAAAAAGUUGUCUGUUGAUGAAGGAAAAAAGAAGCGUAAAACUAAAGUUAAAAAAGAAACAAAGAAAAUUGAAGGUGAACCAAAUGUCUCAAAUGAAGGCGGUAAGAAAGAAAAAGCUUCCAAAGAUGAGAAAAUUGAAGUGAAGGAGAUUGUUCCAGAAAAAAAACAGGAAGCCUCUUCAAGGAAGCACCUUUCUAACCCUGCCAUUGUGGCUAAUAUUAUAGACGAUGAAGAAAAGCAAGGUAAUGGUUCAUCAGAACAAGUGUCUGAAGCAAAGAUAUUUUCCUUUGAAAGCUUAUAUGAUGAUGAAAAGAAAGUUACUGUUGAUGUAGAACAAGACCAAGAGAUUGGUGAAUCCCAAGCUGAACAAAAGCUAGAGAGUGCUGAAGUUGAAUCUGAUGUGUCACGGGCAGACAUGACCACAUCUAGACUAGAUGGAAUCAUACAUGAUGUGGAAGAAGGCAAUAAACAUGAUGUGGAAGAAAGCAACAAACAUGAUGUGGAGGUAGGAAACAAACAUGAUGUGGAGGAAUCACAACAUGAAACAAAUAUAACUGACGCUUCCAAUGAUGAUACAAUUGGAAAGGAAAAAAUGGAAGAUAUGGAAAACGACAAACAAAAUCAGGUUGAAAAUAAGCCAAUCUUCAAUCAGAUGGCUAGUGAAAUUGACUAUCGUAGGAUGAAAAACGAAAUUUUCACUAUGGAUAACCCAGAAACUAUUCUAGAAUAUCUGGAGUAUUGUUUUGAAGGUCAGAUAUAUUCAAUAGACAAGUUUAAACUAUUCCUAUGUGCUGUAUCAAGGAUGAAACUCAUGGAGCCUGUUGCCUUAAGUUCAAACAUUGUUAACCACAUGAAUGAUGCUUUGGAAAAAGAUUCACUGAUAUCAAGGAUAGAGUUUUCUGUUCUUCAAAAAAUUUCUUAUUACGUUAUUAGGUCAAGCUCAUUGGAUAACAAAUUGACAAGUACAUUGUUACAUGAAAUGUGCUGGAGGCUAAGGAGGUCGUCAAUGCAAGAGACACUGGAUGUAUUAGAGUGUGUAAAACUACGAGCGACCACAGAGAAUCGCUGUGAAGUUCACAAGGUAACAAAAUAUUUGGUAACAAUUAUACUAGUACAAAUUGCAAGAUGUUCAUCACAUUGUUACUUAAGGCAGUGGACCUAAGAUAGUGGAUGACAU